AUGUGCUACCGGCAUCCUGCAACAUCAACCGCAGAAGACGAUUCCAUCUUUGUCGCCGUUCCAUCAACGGACGACAAAGUGAUCGAUGUGUACAGCUUCCCAGAUGAAUUACUCAAGGUCAGGAUCCCACGAAUACAAAAGGUCGAGACUGGGAUGGCCAUGGCCUUGAAACUUGUUCGCAAUCAAGUCACGCAGAGAAUCCUAGUUCUUGCAGGCUAUGAAGGUGGUGUUACGGCCGCAUUCAUGUUGCCAGAAGAACAUUUCAACACAGGCGUAGAAACUGCCCAACUCGUAUACCUUAGCCAGCCCCAUUCCCAGCCUAUCCUAUCACUGGAUGCUUCACCAGACGGUGACUUCUAUUACACAUCCUCAGCAGACGCUGUAAUAGCUAAGCAUCGCAUACCAGAGUUGCCACGCAAUUCCGGUGAAGUUGGCAAUAGCUUGGAUACGUCUAUUUCCGAGCCGUCACCAGGGGUUUUCUCAAAGCAAACUGUCACCCAACCUAAGCCCAAGACCUCCGGACCCAGCGGUCUAUCUUCACUGCUUUCGGCCUCAGCACCGCUACCGAAGCUCAAACCGGCUCCGCCAGUCCAAGCGGUGGUCAGCCUACAACCGCCGUACAAAGUAGUGGACACCAAACAUGCAGGCCAACAGUCCCUCAGCGUCCGCUCCGACGGUAGGCUCAUCGUGACGGGUGGCUGGGACUCCCGCAUCCGCAUAUAUAGCACCAAAACACUCAAGGAAGUUGCAGUGCUCAAGUGGCACAAAGAAGGAGUCUACUCAACUGCUUUCGGGGCUAUCUUUACACGAGAAGAAGCAGGUCAUAGCGACAAGGUUGUCAACAAGCGGCAAAGAGAGCGCGACGAGCAGACGAAACUUAACCACUGGGUUGCUGCUGGAGCCAAGGACGGGAAAGUCAGUUUGUGGGGGGUCUUUUGA